AUUAGGUAAUCGCGAUCGUACUAUCGUAAUUUUGAAAUUGAAAUAAUUUAGUAUACCCGCACAUGUUCGACAUAGCAUUGUCCUACAAUUUGCAAUGAUAAUCGUUCGGUAACUUGAUUAAUUCUAUGUCGCUCGCGAUAAGUCUUAAAUAAAUCUACGAGAGUUCUCAUUAAUACCCGCAGGAGAAGUCCCGGAUGAUUUUGAACUAACCACUUGAACGAAUCGUUUUUAAUCAAUGAGUUGUAUAUUUUAACGCGUAUUAUUAAUUUUUGUAUUUCAAUAGAUUGAAAAUUCAUUAAUGUUGUGAAAAAAAGAAAUGAAUACAUUUUGAUAUAUUAUACAAGAAAACAGAACGUGAGACGAGAACGUAAUUUAUAAUAGAUAAUAAAUGGCAGUACUUUAUCGUAAAGCACAGGAUAUCGUUUUUAUUCGAAGGGAUUAUAUAGACGUUAUACAUUUUAAAGUUUGUACUUUAUUAAUUCUAACAACUGCUGGCAGUUGUAAAACGGUACGAGCUUCUUUGAAAAAAGUUAUAUUAGAAAAAAUUUCGAUGAUUUCAUCUCUGCUUAAUGUCAAAACUCAAAGGAGAAAGCUGAUACUUAUUUAACAAAAUGAUCUCAAGUCAAUAUUUUUGUAGAUACUUGAUCGUUUUACUUAUUUGUGUAAUUCUGACACUUGCGUAUGCACAGGAAGAACAAAAUUUGGAGUUAAAAUUAUUGAACGUGGUAUUUAGGCACGGAGAUCGAACGCCUGAUGACAAUAAACUGGAAAGAUAUCCAAAUGAUCCCUAUUUAAAUUAUGACUUCUAUCCGAUGGGCAGAGGAGAGUUAACAAAUAAUGGUAUAGUACGAGAAUUUAAAUUAGGAGAAUUUCUUAGAAAAAGAUAUGAUAACUAUCUUGGUAAGAUAUACAUACCAAGUAUAGUCAAAGCUCGUAGUUCGAAUUACAAUAGAACGAAAGCAUCCUUACAACUCGUUCUCGCAGGACUCUUUCCACCUAGAGGUAUUCAAAUAUGGAAUCCUCAAUUGGAAUGGCAACCGAUUCCUUUGGAGUACGUUUCAAAAGUCAAUGAUAAUCUUUUUCUUAGUGAUGAGUGUCCUCGAUAUUUGGAAGAAUAUGACAGAGUUUUAGAAUUAUCCGAAUAUAAAAAAGAAUUUGCUGAAUUUGAAGACUUAGCCAUAGAACUCACAAAAUCAACUGGAAAAAAUAUUACUACUACUUUAAAUAUGGCCAAUCUGUAUCAUAGUCUAAUGGCAGUAUAUUCUAUGAAUCUUCCUUUACCUGCAUGGACAAAAUCGGUAUUUCCAUAUGGUAGACUUUAUAAUGCCACUCUUUUUGCUUAUAAAACAAGCAAUUAUAAUAAAUUAUUAAGAAAAAUUUAUGGAGGAGCCAUACUUAAAAAAUUUGUAGAGAACAUGAUGGAAUAUGUGAAUGGUACCUUGAAAACAGAGAGGAAAUUGUUUCUAUAUAGUGGUCAUGAAACAAAUAUUGCUAGUUUAUUAUAUACUUUGAAUGCAUAUACACCACAUGUUCCUGCAUAUUCUAGUAGUAUUAUUAUGGAACUUUUGUACAAGGAAGGCAUAUAUUAUGUCAAAAUAUUGCAUUAUUUGGGAAUUCCGCCAGAACUUGAAGUAGUUCAACUUCCAGGUUGUGAGAUCAUAUGUCCAUUAAAUAAAUUUUUACAAUUAAUAAUUAAUGAUAUACCUUCAGACGAAGAUAUGGUUUGUGACAAAACAACAACUGCAGAUUAUGCGGAUCAAAAAUAUAAUUCUAAUAAGAGUACAAAUUUAUACAAUAUCAUAGAGAAUUAUAUAAAUAACAAAAUAUAAUGAUUCUAUAUUAUUUAAACAAAUCUAACAAUACAUUUACAGUAGAAAAUAUUUGGAAUCGUUUCAAAAUUAGAUUUAUGUUUUCAUAAAUAAAAAUUUCUUUUUUUUCUAUUCUUGGUUUAUAUAAAUUUUCUUUUAAUAAAAUUUUUAUCUUUUUAGAAUCGCUGAAUUUAUUACAAUCAUGAUAAAUAAACUAAAACGUAUUGCGAUUUUUUAAAUUCUAAAAUAAGUACACAUCUAUUUUUUAAAAAUUUAUUUAAGAAGACAAUUUAUGUAUCUUCAAUUACACAUAUAAUUAACGGAUACAUAUACAGAGUGCCCGGCUAUAUACAAGAAGUACAGCAAGGAUGGAUUCUAUGUAUUAAAAUAAUAAAACAGUUCAUAUAAAAAUA